AUGCAAGGUCAGGAUGUCGUUGGAGAAGGAAUGCACAAUGCAGUGUCGAUCCUGCAGGAGUACGUCCAAAGCUGUUCUGACUUUCCCCCGCAUGCGCGGAUACUGAUGUGGAAUUUCGAGAACCGCAUACAGGAGGAUUCGCUACUUCAAUUCCGUGCCGUCGUGUCUUUCAUCUUCAAGGAGGUCCCGCACUUCUUUCGUGGCAGUUGGCAAACCUCCAAGAAGAAGGCACAGAGGGACACCGCUGAGCGGGUUCGACGCUACAUGUCCAGAAACGACAGCCAGUCAGGCCUCCAAGCUCCGCAAGGGCCUGCCUUGACGUUGGAUGAGCUGGUACAGCAGGAGCUUUGCCACAUGCGAGAUGCAAGGCAGACUAGCAGGUCGUGGCAAGGAGAACACGUGGACGGUGAGGUGGAGGACCGCCUCUCGGCAGUGGGACAGGAGUUCCGCAUGGUUCUUUGCUUCAAGCUGAAUCGCGUGCCGCAUCAGUUUGCAGGUGCCUGGUGCGCUUCCGUGUCUGAUGCCGUGUCCGACGCCGCACAGCGCGUGCUUUGGUACUUCGGACUGGGCACAGGCUUCCAGGGUGCAUCCCUCAGCACCACGGCACAAGCAGCUGAACCACUGCCGCCGCAGCUGUUGUCACCGAAGGAGAUUGGCACGAGCCCAGGUGCAUCUGUGGGAAGUGAGCCGCGGCAUCCAGUGGAGGACAAAACGAUAUUGAUGCAGGUUCAGAACAUGCUGCAGAAAACCUUCUCCAAGGACACCGCAGCUGGGGAAAAGGUCUGGGUGUGGACGUACGAGCCAUCACCUGCUGAUCCACAAGUUUUCCGUGCCAUUGCACAGGUGCCUGCCAUUGGCCGGACCUUCCAGGGCGAUUGGUGCCGAGGCAAGAAGUUUGCCCAGCGUAAUGCGUGUCUCGCAGUGAAGGCCUUCCUGGAAGAGCAGGGGGUCAGUGACGUCCCUUAG